UCAUGUUCCGGGACGCGCGCGUCUUCAGGGUGGAAGCCUGGCGCACGUCCGGAGGUGCCGAGAAGCCAACCAGCCCAAACUCUGGGGGAAAUGACUCUCCUCUGCCCUCGCCCCGCGCUCUGCUACCAUUUCCUUCCGUCUCUGCUUCGCUCAGCGAUGCAAAACGCGCGAGGCACGGCAGAGGGCCGAGGCCGCGGGACUCUCCGCGCCAGGCCCGCCCCUCGGCCCGCAGCGCAGCACGGGACGCCCUGGCCGCUGUCCAGCGCUGGCAGUCUGAGCCGAGGCUGUCGCGGAGCCAGUACAGCCGGGGCCGCGGGCUGGAAGGGCGAGCUUCCUAAGCCGGGGGGAUGCCCGGCGCCCGGGCAGGAGACACCCGCCAUUUCACCCAGUAAGCGGCCCCGGCCUGCAGAGGAGGGCGGCAUGCAGCUCCGCUUUGCCCGGCUCUCCGAGCACGCCACGGCCCCCACCCGGGGCUCCGCGCGGGCCGCGGGUUACGACCUGUACAGUGCCUAUGAUUACACAAUACCACCUAUGGAGAAAACUCUUGUGAAAACGGACAUUCAGAUAGCGCUCCCUUCUGGGUGUUAUGGAAGAGUAGCUCCACGGUCAGGCUUGGCUGCAAAACACUUUAUUGAUGUAGGAGCUGGUGUCAUAGAUGAAGAUUAUAGAGGAAAUGUUGGUGUUGUACUGUUUAAUUUUGGCAAAGACAAGUUUGAAGUCAAAAAGGGUGAUCGAAUUGCACAGCUCAUUUGCGAACAGAUUUUUUAUCCAGAAAUAGAAGAAGUUCAAGCUUUGGAUGACACCGAAAGGGGUUCAGGCGGUUUUGGUUCCACUGGAAAGAAUUAAAAUUUAUGCCAAGAACAGAAAACGAGAAGUCAUACGUUUUUCUUAAAAAAAAAAAAAAAGUUUUUGCUUAAAGUGUUUUGGUGUUUUGCACUUCUGUAAACUUACUAGCUUCACCUUCGAAAAGUACUGCAUUUUUUACUUUUUUUUUUUUUUUAUGGUCAAGGAAGAGAUCAUAAAAAAAUAAAACACAAAGCUUUUUGUGUUUGGAUCAAAAAGAAACUUUGUUUUUCUGCAAUUGAUGGUUGUAUGUAAAUCUGCUUUGUGGUGACCUGAUGUAAAGUGUCUUCUUAAAGUCAAAUGUACAUCAAUUACAGAUUUAAAAAAAAAAAACCUGUAUUUAACUCAAAUGAUCCCCCUUCAGCAACUUAUUUUGCUUUAAUUCCUUUAAAUCUUAAGCAAUAUUUUGUAUUCAGUAAACUUAAAUUCUUACACAAGGUACAAAAUCUUGCAUAAGCUGAACUAAAAGAAAAUGAAAUGAAAAGGAGAGAUUAAAGGUAUUCCUUGUUCUUCCUUGUCUUCACUAGUUUAAAAACUUCUUUUUAAUCUUAAGAUUCUUUGUGAUGAGGGUGAGAGAAGAAUCCUCAGUUUAUUUUUCCACUAUUAAUCUUUCUUUUGAUAAAUCCUCUAUUGACUGGGUAGAGGUAUGUUUGUGAAAGACAUGUAACUUGGGGAUUUGCUACCUUUGAUUUGUUCCCCUGAAUUUCAUCUCAUCAGGCAAGUUGUACUGGUUGUAGCUAUGAGUUUCCCUAAGUGAAGUAGCAAUAGGCUGUAAUCAAGAAAAUAUGCCAUUUAUAGGGAUAAGAUAAAUGAAAUAAUACAUA